AUGGAGUUGGCUAACACCAAAGACUUCCAGUGGAAAUCCCUUGCCCCCCUGCCCAGCCGCAGGGUCUACUCCACCCUGGUGGAAGCAGGAGGACAAGUGUUUGCCAUCGGGGGCUGCGAUGACAACGGUGUCCCCAUGGACUCCUUUGAGGUCUACUCCCCUGAGGCUGACCAGUGGACCUCACUGCCCCCCAUGCCCACAGCCAGGGCUGGGGUGGCUGUCACCACCCUGGCCAAGAGGAUCAUGGUGAUAGGAGGAGUUGGAGUGAAUCAGAUGCCGCUGAAGGUAGUGGAGAUGUACAACAUCGACGAGGGCAAGUGGAAGAAGAGGAGCUCCCUGAGGGAGGCAGCUAUGGGCAUCUCAGUGACAGCCAAAGACUACAGAGUGUAUGCAGCUGGUGGCAUGGGCUCUGACCUGAGGCCUCACAACUACCUGCAGCACUACGACAUGCUGAAGGACAUGUGGGUGUCCCUGGCAGCUAUGCCAACCCCUCGUUAUGCUGCCACCUCCUUCCUCAGAGGCACCAAGAUCUAUGUGCUGGGUGGAAGGCAAUCCAAGUAUGCUGUCAAUGCCUUCGAGGUGUUUGACACAGACACCAGGACGUGGACCAAGUUCCCCAACAUUCCCAACAAAAGGGCCUUCUCCAGCUUUGUGCCCACAGAGGACAAGCUCUUCAGCCUGGGGGGCCUGAGGCAGGGACGACUCUACAGGCAGCCCAAGUUCAUGAGGACUGUGGACAUGUUUGACAUGGAACAAGGUGGGUGGAUGAAGAUGGAACGCUCCUGCUACCUGAAGAAGAGGAGAGCAGACUUUGUGGCUGGCUACCUGAAAGGCAGAGUUGUCGUGGCUGGAGGACUAGGGAACCAACCAACCGUCCUGGAGUCUACAGAAGCUUUCCACCCCGAGAAGAACAAGUGGGAGAUGCUGCCCCCCAUGCCCACCCCACGCUGUGCCUGCUCCAGCAUUGUGCUGAGGAGCUGUCUGCUGGUGGUGGGAGGGGUGAGCCAGGGCCUCAGCACGGCCGUGGAGGCUCUGUGCCUGGCUGAUUCCUAG